GAUUCUGUAUCUCUUGAAAGCAUGCUCCCGUUCAGUAAUGUAGAUUUAGGUAAACUAAAGAUCCCAAGAUUUAAGCUAUCUUUUAAGGUUGAGGCUUCGCCAAUGUUAAAGGAGAUGGGUUUGGUGUUACCAUUCAUGAAAGAAGCUUUAAUCACUGAAAUUGUGGAAGAGAGAGCUGUGUCUAUUUCCGAGAUUAUCCAGAAAUGCAUCAUUGAAGUGAACGAAGAAGGGACCAAAGCUGCUGCAGCUACAACGAUGCAUCCUCCUGCGGGUUGUGCAGCACCAAGAAAGAAUAAGCCUCCUCCAUUUGACUUUAUUGCAGACCAUCCAUUCUUGUUUCUGAUCAGAGAACAGUAUACUGAAACGGUUCUCUUUGUUGGUCAAGUGCUCAAUCCUCUUGAUGGAUGAUGCCAUGGUUAUCAAUAUACCAAAAAACUCAAGUUACUAAGUUAUAUACUGCUUUAUUAAGGGAAGAUGGAGUGAAUUAUUUCUUCGAUGCAAAUGCUUAAUUGAUUGGGUUAUUGGUUUUUAUUUAA